AUGAAGGUUCUGGUCGCUACACUGUUUAUCGCUAUUGCGGGUGCGGUACCCGAAGGAUACGGCAGUGGAAGUGGAGGAUCUUCCGGUGGCAGAGGAUUCUCCGGAGGAAGUGGAGGAUCUUCCGGUGGCAGAGGAUUCUCUGGAGGAGGUGGAGGAUUCACUGGAGGUGGCGGAUUCUCUGGAGGAAGUAGAGGAUUUUCCGGAGGGGGAUUCUCCGGUGGUGGUGGAGGAGGAUCUGGAUAUGGAGGAGGAGGAGGAUGCAAUGCGGGAGAGGUUCUUCAUGUUGACGGCUCCUGUGUCGUUCCCAUAAUCUCACGCAACGUAUUUGUUUAUGACGCUCCCGAACAGCAAGAAGAAAGUGGUCCACCGCCGAAUGUUCCUCCACCAAGAAUCGACCACAACAUCCUAUUUGUUCGCGUUCCUGAGAAGGGAGCAGCGCCUGAGCCAAUCAUCGUUCCUCCACCAAGGCAACAGAGCGUGGUGUACGUCCUGAACAAGGACGAUGGAGGAGGAGGACAGCAAGUGAUCGAAGUGACAGCUCCUCCACCAUCCAACCCUGAGGUUUACUUCGUCAACUAUGCUGAAGGAGAUAACCCUCAACUGCCCAUUGGAGUUGAUCUCCAGACUGCUCUCCAAGCAGCUGCCAACGGCGGAGGACAAGUCAUCGGCGGAGGCGGAGCAGGAGGAUUUGGCGGUAGUUCCGGUGGUGGAUUUGGCGGUGGUGCAGGAGGAGGAUUUGGCGGUGGUUCCGGCGGCGGAUUUGGCGGUGGUUCCGUUGGUGGAUUUGGCGGUGGAUCUGGUGGCGGAUUUGGCGGUGGUUCAGGAGGCGGAUUUAGUGGUUCGGGAGGUGGAUUUGGCGGUAGUUCCGGCGGCGGAUUUGGCGGUGGUUCAGGAGGCGGAUUUAGUGGGUCGGGAGGUGGAUUCGGAGGUGGUUCAGGUGGUGGCGUUGGCGGAUUCUCCAGCGGUGGAGGAUUUGGAUAUGGAGGUGGAGGAUAUAAUAUGGGAGAGGUUCUUCAUACUGACGGCUCUAGUGUUGCUCAUGUUUAUGACUCCUUAGCAACCAGAAGAAACUGA